CGCGAGAAAGAAAACACUCAACUUCCGAAGAUCGGAAGAAAAAUCUGCUAUUUGUUCCGUAUCGAAGCCUGAACUGCAAUUAUUCGUUGUUCACGGUGCAGUGAGGAAAGUUCGAGGUGAAGAACCAAAAUAUUACGAAAUUGCACGUGUCGAAAGAUAGUAGUAUCGUCGACUGAACAUAGAGUAAUAAAAAGAGUUCCACAUUCACGUAUCUUUUCAAGUCGAUAUUUGUCUCCCGCCAAAAAUUGGGAAACAGAAAGGACACGAAGUAAGAAAGAAGAGGCAAUGGUUUACCAACAAUCAAUUCAGAAAAAAUGCAACGAAACGCUCGCUUUGUUGGAUCGAUCCAAACAGAGCCAUAAGUGCAACGUGCAUCUUAGCGAAGAUGAAGUGAUGGAGAAGCUCCUCUGUCGUAUCAAAAACAUGAACGCGGAAGGUGUUAGAUUGAUUGACAAACUCAAGCUCAAUCAAACGAAAAAACGAAAGAACAGGACAAAGGGAAGACAUAAAAGGUCUCUCUUGGCCAGAAAAAUUGAGGCAAUCGAUUCAUGCCAUAAAAUAAAAGACGACUAUCAAUCACUCCUGGAGGCAUGUGAAAGCAUCGCUCGGAAUAAAAAUGACGAUGGCGUUAUGACUGACGGUAAAGAUGACGAUAACUACAGCAACCGCGAUCAAUAUGAUGAAGACAAUGGCUACAACGACGACGACGACGAGGACGAUUACGAUUACGAUUACACGGAUGAUGACGAUGAUGAUAUUAUCUCAGACUAUGAAUAUGAUGAGGGUGAAUACUCCCACUUAGAAUACGACGAGUACGAUUUCGAUAGCGAUAGCGAUAGUGAUGACGAAAACGAUGAUGAAGAUGAAGACGAAGAUUGUCGCUUCAAGGCAUCGUCGACUCUUGUUGACCUUGAUGAUUCCUUUUCAGACGAAGAAGACGAAGACCAAGACGAAGAUUAUCGCUCCAAACCAUCGUUGACUCUUGUUGACCUUGACGAUUCCUUUUCAGACGCAGAAGACAAAGACGAAGAUUGUCGAUCCAGUCCAUCGUUGACUCUUGUUGGCCUUGACGAUUCCUUUUCGGAUACUUCUUCGGUGUCACCUACUGGCCGUUCUUUGACUGGUCUAGAUGGAGCAGAAAGCAUCCAUUUAGAAUCACAUACCGAGCGUCGCGACGAUAAAUCACCCAUGUCAUCAGCUUCAAAAAAGAGUGGAGAUUUUAAUACCGAUACCCGAGAGGGAACCCAGGAUGACAGUGCUCUUGGGGCAGUGUCCUCGCCGGUGGGCAAAUUAAUUGAUUCAAGUAGCGAUGAUGGCAAGAAUGAAAGUAUUGGGGAUAGCCCGUUAGUACCUUUUCAAGUGAGAAACAACGAUAGACGCAAUGUGUUGGCGUGGAGUCGUUGUGCGGCUCGGAAACAGAAGAGUCAGAACAACAAUCAAGAGAAAAAUUGUGCCUCUUCCGAACCGCAUUCUGCACAUUGUGCUCCUAUCAUGACUCGCGGCUGUUUUCUCUUCCUUCCGUUUGGUUAGAUAAGAGAGUACAGAGAUUUUGAACCACACCCAACUGUACUGCAAGAAUCCAUAGAUAAAUUGUAUCUUUUUCGGCGAGUUUGAUUCAAAUGUGUAUUCUUUUCCUCUGAUGCCAACAGCAACAUAAUUUUAUCAUACUUCUGUUUCAAUUUAAUGGCAAACCAAGAACCAGUUUUUCAUUGACUACCCAUUUAAAAAAUAGUUUUACUAGAU